AUGGCUUUCAGGGAGGUGAAUGCAAGAAGACACACUGGGCUUCAGCAACUCUCAUCGUUAGCGUUAGCUGGAAGAACAUUACUAGGGCCAAUGAAGUCAUGUAAAUUCAUUGUGGAUGAAAGCACCAACCAAAGCACAUUGAUUUCUUCUGCUGUAAGACUGAUUGAAAGUUUGGAUUUAACUAGUGCUGCUGGACAGCUUCUUAAUGAAACCAUUCAGGCACAAAAUAAGGAGUUCAAGACUGGAAUGAGUACCCUGUUGUUUCUUGUUGGUGCGUGGAGUGAUGCCGUAGUGGAGUGCCUCCAGCAGAAUGUUCCUGUUUCAGCAAUUGUAUCUGUCAUGUCUGAAGGGUUGAACUCUUGCUGUGAGAGAGCCCAGUGUCUUCAAAUGUCAAUACAGGACAUAAAUAAAGAAUUGUGUUCUAGCAGUAUUAAGCCAAAUGCUUUUAGAAGCAAAUCUUGCCAAGCUGGGCAUGAAAGUCUUCUAAAUCCUCAGAUUUUCCAGUGUUUUCAGAAAGAUACUUCUGCACCAGAAGAAGUAAUUUCAAUAAAUUCUUGUUCCCAUCAAGAAGAUGAUUGUAAUUUUAACAAGCGUCUUAUUUCACCUUUGACCAGCUUUGGUUCAGUAGGUUCUCUUGUCAAACCAGCGGGUGACAAAAGCACAUCUGUGAUUUCUGGAAGUGAUGUUACAUCCAACUGUAACGAACAAAAGUUAGCCCAUAGCAGAUACUUCAGCACUUUAGGAAGAAGGCAUUUUUUAAAUCAGCAAGGUAAUCUUCAGGCAUCUCUUUCAGGACCAUCAGCAGAUCCCUGUGAAUGUUACGGUUUAGGACACCUGGCGAUGGCUCUUAGCCAUGGAAAUCAGACUAGCAUGGAACUGCUGCAAAGUAUUGCUGCAUAUCAGCAAAGGAGGGCAGAAUUCAGUGGCUCUUCCCAGUUUAAUAUUGCAGAAAUCGCGACAUGCUGUUUACUAGGCCUGCCUGAAAGCUAUUCUUGUGUCUCCCCAGGCUUUGUCACAUUAGUAUCACCAGAACAAGCCACAGUCGUCAAGUACCUUGAAGACAAACCCCUUCGGAUUCUGCUAAUGGAUGGUGACCUAACUGAACAGUAUCGUCACUUAGGUUUUAAUAGGCCACAUAACGUAAGGACCAUAUUGGAGUAUCCUGGGCUACAGGAAAGCAGGACGAGAGAAUCGUGGCUAAGCAGUACGUUAGAUACUCUGAUAAGCUUCGAAGUAAACUUGGUUUUGGUCAAAGGAAAUGUGUGUGAAAACUUAAUGGAAAGAUGCGUAGCAAGUAAUAUAUUGGUAAUUGGCUCUGUGACUCGGGAUGUGUUGUGUGCCUUUGGGGAGGUCACUGGCGCCCAGGCAGUGACGUACCUCGCCCAGCUGAAUGCUGCUUGCGUGGGGAGCGGGGCCCGAGUGGAACUGUGGAAGGCCUGCGAUGGGCGUGCAAUGGAUCUGGCUGAGCUUGUGCCUGUCAGGAUAAAGGUGCAAGGAAUUCCCUUGCUUACAGCCGUUCUCACCACUACUGUAGCUUCCAAGUUGCAGCUCAUUGAAGACCAGUUCUGGACUUUAAUUUACCGGCUCCAUCAUGCUUUAAGCGACAAGAAGGUUUUCCUUGGUGGUGGCGCAGUGGAACUCUUGUGCCUUAGUCACAUUCAGAUGCUUGCAGAACAGCCUUCACAGCCAGCAAAUAAAAAUGAUAUGAAAGAGUUUCACAGUCCUUGGCUGGCAGCAUCUGCAACAGAGUAUAAGUCAGUUGUGCUCCAAGCAUUAGCGAGCGGCUGGAAGCAGUAUCUUGCAGUGGUUAUGUGUAACACAGCAAAAGCUACAUCGAUGUUGGAAGCGUGUACCUCAGUUGAUCAUCACCUCAAAAAAGCAGCUGACUGUGACUCUCCCUCAGCGUAUAUACUGAAAGAGUUUAGAAGAGGUGGUCUGCUCAGGGGUGGGUCUGGUCCCUUUGCUGGCCAUGAAGAGAGUUUAGAUGUUUAUGAUAAUGUUACAGCCAAGACAGAGGCAUGGCGGAGGGCUCUAGACUUGGUGCUACUGGUGCUUCAAACAGAUGCCGAAAUUAUCACAGGUCCUAAGAGAAAUCAGCUAUUGAACUCCCAUGUGUCCAGUGAAUUUAUGUUUUUGUAG